CAAGCCUCGCCUCCGCGCUCGGCGUCACAGGCCUUCCUGCGCGUUUGGGAAGCGAGGCCUCCUCACCUCCUCCACGCCUCGCGCCGCUUUUUGAAGUAACGGCUUGAUUCAGGGAAGAACAACUUCAGUAAGAUGGCAUUAUUGACUCAAAAGAUAUCUAGAUGCUCUCCCUUGGUGAAAACUUCUGUUAUUGUAAGCUGCACAAAACAACUGAGAAAACAAUCCAUCAAAACCUGGACACUUCCUCCUGAACAAUUGGGUUUGCCACUAUUUUCCCACUACAGAAAAUGUUGCCAACCAGUAUUAAAGUACUCUAGGAGUUUGCCUUUUGGUAACCAUGUGCCGUGCUGCUGUUCAAGUACUGAUCUGAUUCCGAAUACAGAAAACAAAUCUCUUUCUUUAGUCAAUAAACUGGAAAAUGAAGUAGGACCUAAUAAAGAUAUGAACACAAUGCCUGAAGAUUUGGAAGAUGGAUUACCUUCAUCUGCUUUGGAGGAGAUUUCAGAAGAUGAAGCCCUUCAAAUCCUAGCGAAGCCACCACUACCUUUUGAAUCUUUCACACUUCAAGAUUAUGUUGAUCGUUCAGAAACUUUGCAGAAGCUGGUGCUUCUAGGAGUCGAUUUAUCCAAAGUGGAACAACGUCCAGGUGCAGGCCAACUUCUUCUGAAAUUAGACUUUGAAAAAGAUAUAAGCAAAAUCCUUCUCUUCCUUAAGGAUGUUGGCGUCGAAGAGAAACAGCUUGGUGAAUUCCUCACUAGAAAUCCUUAUAUUCUCAGAGAAGACGUGGAAGAUCUAGAGACAAGGGUAGCAUAUCUAAUAUCAAAAAAAUUCAGCAAGGAAGCAAUUGCACGGAUGGUCUCGAAGGCUCCAUAUUUACUUCUAUUUUCUGUGGAAAGACUGGAUAAUAGGUUAGGUUUCUUCCAGAAAGAACUUGGACUAAACAAUAAAAAGACCCGCGAUCUAGUGACUCAUCUUCCAAGAUUACUGACUGGUAGUCUUGAAAUUAUUAAAGAAAAUCUAAAGGUUUAUGAACUUGAACUUGGCUUUACUCAGAAUGAAAUGCGGCACAUUGUACACAGAAUCCCCAAGAAUUUAAGUAGAAAUAAAAAGAAACUAACAGAGACAUUUGAUUAUUUGCACAACAUAAUGGGCAUUCCACACAAGCUCAUGGUUAAUUUUCCUCAGGUUUUUAAUUCAAAGCUGCUACGAAUUAAAGAGAGACAUAUGUUUCUUACUUACCUGGGGAGAGCACAAUACGAUCCAAAGGAGCCAAGCUAUAUCUCAUUAGAACAACUGGUAGCUUUGCCUGAUGAUGUGUUUUGUGUAGAAGUUGCCAAAGCAGAAGUACAGGACUUCGAAAAGUUUUUGAAAACAAUGUAAAGACUGGAUUUUAAUGUAAAUGUUGUAAUGAUGUCUGAAAUUACUGCACUGAAUAAAAAGUAACAUCUAAUUCUAAAA